GUACCAUGUCUAUGCUGUGACUGUCUUGGGCCCUCAGAAACCCAUGGGCAAAUGUUGGCUGAGAACACAAGGUCAUUCUCUCUCUGGGGCUUUCUGCUGUCUCUUUAGGCCUAAGUCAGGCCACAUCAUCCAGGCUGUGGGAUUUUCUGCCUCUCUGCUCAGCUGCUCUCCUGGGAACCUCUGGACACUCACCCAGCUUCCAGUUCCUGAGAAAACUGCAUCUGCCAGUGAAGAGGUCAAGAGAGGAAACAUACCUGCUGACAUGAAUUUGUCCCAGAAGCCCCAGAGACUGGACCCACAGGAACAGGAUGGGUCAAGCAAGAGAUUGGUGUCCUUUGAGGAUGUGACUGUGGACUUCAGCCAGGAGGAGUGGCGGCGCCUGGACCCCGCCCAGAGACGCCUGUACCAGGAGGUCAUGCUGGAGAUCUACGGCCACCUGUUGGCAGUGGGUUACUCCAUUCCUAGCCCAGGGGCCUUCUUCAGGAUAAAGAAAAGAAAGGAGGCACAGAUAGGAGAGGCUAAGUCCUCACAUCAGCCAUGUUGGUGUCAAGAAGCGGAAUCAAAAUUUUAUACCCCUCAGCAGAAAGCUACUGAGAAUGCAGCAUUUCAAACUAGUAAGACAAGUGCAAUCACAAGACAUGGUUUGUGGCGCUCUAUUUUAGAAGAACUGUGGCAAGUUCCUGACCCUACAAAAAGAGGUCAGCAAAACCAGAUCCCACCCCGGAGUCCUGGUGCUUUCCUCAACAAGAAAACACAGAGCCCAGACAGAGAACGUGAGCAUAAAGAGCCUGGGAGAAACACUCUUUUGGUGUCCAAGCUUCCUUCUGCACAAGAGACAGCUCCAAAGACACCUGUGAAAUGUUUGAAGCAUCCCCUUGAAGCAGAUGAUGAGGAAGAUCAAAGCUGUGUCACAAAACAGCUUAAGGACGCUGUUGCAACUGCUCAGCUCUUCACACAAGACUCUUUUAGAGCUAGCUGUGCAGUUCCUCGUGAUGGACAGCAUUCCUGCAAAGGUAACCAGUGCAGAAAAGUUCCCAUCCAUAAACAAGCUCUCACACAGCAAGAAGAGAGAGCAGAUGGAUGCCCUGGUUCUGGAAAGGUCUUCUGUGACGUGUCUGCUUCCUGUAAACAUCAGGCAAGUUGCGCUGGAGAAAGACCGUUCGUCUGUCACAAGUGUGGGAAGGCCUUCCUCCAGAAGUCGGAGUUGACCUCCCACCAAGAGACUCACACGGAGAAAUCGUAUGAGUGUCCUGACUGUGGGAAAUCCUUCAGCCGCACAUCCAACCUGCAGGUCCAUCAUCGGAUUCACACCGGAGAGAAGCCCUAUGAGUGUCGUGACUGUGGAAAAUCAUUCAAUAACACCUCCCAACUGAAGGUGCAUUAUCGAAUACACACAGGCGAGAGGCCUUACGUGUGUCCUGUGUGUGGGAAAGCCUUCAAGCAGAAGUCGAUCCUUAGCACGCACGAGACGAUUCACACUGGGGAGAAGCCUUACCAGUGUACUGUUUGUGGGAAAUUAUUUAGCUGCACCUCCCGACUGAAAGUGCAUUAUCAGAUCCACAUGAAGGGGAAACCUUAUGAAUGUGGAGACUGUGGGAAAGCCUUCAAGCGAAAGGCGAGCCUCACCGUUCACCAGAAAAUCCACGUUAGACAAAUACACCACGUGUGCAGUGAGUGUGGGAGAGCUUUCAACCAGAAGUCCGAACUCAGCGUGCACCGGAGACUUCACCUGGGGAAGAAUUCUCAUCAAUGCAAUCACUGUGGGAAGUCAUUUGCUUAUGCAUCCCAACUGAAGAUGCACCAUCGCGUCCACACAGGGGAGAAGCCUUACAAGUGCCGGGACUGUGGCAAAUGUUUUACCUACUCAUUCACACUGAAUGUGCAUCGGCGAACUCACAAGGUGGAGAAGCCUCACAAGUGCGGCGUCUGUGGAAAAGCCUUGGCUUCUAAGUACCAGCUUGAAGAGCAUGAGCGAAUUCACACGGGAGAGAAACCAUAUGUGUGCUCUGAGUGUGGCAAAAGUUUCCAUGGUAGGUCAGGUUUCCUGAGACAUCAGAUAACUCACACUAAAGAGAAACCUUUUGUCUGCCAGAAGUGUGGCAAGGCCUUCUUUCAGAGGUCACAGCUGACAUCUCAUCAGCAGACUCACACAGGAGAGAAGCCCUAUAAAUGCCGCUACUGUGGGAAAGCGUUCAGUCACACAUCCCAACUGACGGUCCAUCAUCGAAUUCACACCGGGGAGAGACCUUACAAGUGCAACCACUGUGGGAAGUCCUUCAGUAACUCCUCCCAGCUGAAGGAGCAUCUCCGAAUCCACACUGGGGAGACACCUUACGCCUGCGCUGAGUGCGGGAAGGCUUUCAGCCGGAGAUCAUCCCUCAAUCUGCACACCAAAAUUCACACUGGAGAAAAACACCAUGUAUGUAGCGAGUGUGGGAAAGCCUUCAGCCAGAAGUCAGUACUUCAGACACAUCGGAGGAUCCACACUGGGGAAAAGCCUUACAAAUGCAGCGAGUGUGGGAAAGCCUUGGCUUCCAAGGGCCAACUCCGAGAUCAUCAGCGAAUCCACACGGGCGAGAAGCCCUACGUGUGCCCUGAGUGUGGCAAGGGCUUCUUCGGUAGGUCAUCUUUGCAUCGACAUCAGGUAACUCACACUAAGGAGAGACCUUUUGUCUGUCAGAAAUGUGGAAAGACCUUCAUCCAGAAGUCAGCCCUGACGUCCCAUCAGCAAAUUCACACGGGCGAGAAGCCCUACGUGUGCCCGGAGUGUGGGAAGGGCUUCUACAAUAAGUCAUCUCUGCCUAGACAUCAGAUCACUCACACUAGGGGGAGAUCUUUUGUCUGUCAAAAAUGUGGGAAGGCAUUCCUCCAGAAAUCCGUGUUGAAAUGCCAUCAGCGAACUCACGCUUGCAAGAAGCCGUAGGGAUACUGUAGGAAGCUGCUCCA